GGAGAAGAAACCGGAGGAAGAGGAGGAGGCGAAAGAGGAGGAGAGAAGCCACAGCAGGCGCCGCCGGAGCGAGAGAACUCGGAGCGCGGGGCGAAGGCGCGGAGAGGUCGGGCAGCCGGGCCGGCGGGCGGGCGGGCGGCUGGAGGCUCCGCCGGGCCAGCAGCGCCGACUCCGUUCCACUCUCGGCCAGGAUCCAGGCCUCCGGGUUCCCAAGCGCUCGCCUCCCUCUGACGCACUUUAAAGAGUCUCCCCCCUUCCACCUCAGGGCGAGUAAUAGCGACCAAUCAUCAAGCCAUUUACCAGGCUUCGGAGGAAGCUGUUUAUGUGAUCCCCGCACUAAUUAGGCUCAUGAACUAACAAAUCGUUUGCACAACUUGUGAAGAAGCGAACACUUCCAUGGAUUGUCCUUGGACUUAGGGCGCCCUGCCCGCCUUUUGCAGAGGAGAGAAAACUUUUUUUGCCUCCCCCGAGAAACUUUGCCCCCCCUUCUGCCUCUAACUCUGAACCCCCCCCCCACGCCAUCUCGAAAAAAAAAUUACCCCAAUCCACGCCUGCAAAUUCUUCUGGAAGGAUUUUUCCCCCCUCUCUCCAGGUUGGGCGCGUUUGGUGCAAGAUUCUCGGGAUCUUCGGCUUUGCCUCUUUCCCCCUCCCCCUCCUUUUCCUUUUCCUUUCCUUUCUUUUUUCCUUUCCUCCCCCCACCCCCACCCGAAACAAACGAGUCCCCAAUUUUCGUCGGUCCUCGCCGUGGGCAGCGGGCGGCGGAGGCAGCGCGCUGCGGUCGCCGGGAGCAGGGAGCCCAGGCGCCCGCUCCUCGGCGCAGCAUGUUCCAGCCGGCGCCCAAGCGCUGCUUCACCAUCGAGUCGCUGGUGGCCAAGGACAGUCCCCUGCCCGCCUCGCGCUCAGAGGACCCCAUCCGUCCCGCGGCACUUAGCUACGCCAACUCCAGCCCCAUAAAUCCGUUCCUCAACGGCUUUCACUCCGCCGCUGCCGCCGCCGCCGCGAGCAGGGGCGUCUACUCCAACCCGGACUUGGUGUUCGCCGAGGCGGUCUCGCACCCACCCAACCCAGCCGUGCCGGUGCACCCGGUACCGCCGCCGCACGCCCUGGCCGCCCACCCCCUGCCCUCCUCGCACUCGCCACACCCCCUCUUCGCCUCGCAGCAGCGGGACCCGUCCACCUUUUACCCCUGGCUCAUCCACCGAUAUCGGUAUCUGGGUCAUCGCUUCCAAGGGAACGACACAAGCCCCGAGAGUUUCCUUUUGCACAACGCGCUGGCCCGAAAACCUAAGCGGAUCCGAACCGCCUUCUCCCCGUCCCAGCUUCUAAGGCUGGAACACGCCUUCGAGAAGAAUCACUACGUCGUGGGCGCAGAAAGAAAGCAGCUGGCGCACAGCCUCAGCCUUACGGAAACUCAGGUAAAAGUAUGGUUUCAGAACCGGAGGACUAAGUUCAAAAGACAGAAGCUGGAGGAAGAAGGCUCAGACUCACAACAAAAGAAAAAAGGGACACACCAUAUCAACCGGUGGAGAAUCGCCACCAAGCAGGCGAGUCCAGAGGAAAUAGAUGUGACCUCAGACGAUUAAAAAGACAGACUUACCCCCACAGAAGCAGACAACAUGGAACAAAACAGACAGGGAGAGGAGGGGAAGAAGGAAAAACCCUACAAAUAAAAAACAAACUGCACACACAUUCACCGAGAAAGAGAGGGGAUCAGAGACAGAGAGAGCAAAGCGCGUCGCAGACUUUGUACAGCAAGGGCGCUGGGUCCCGAUCCAAGAAGGCACCGGGAUGGCAGAGGAUGGAGGCUUCUUCAUCAACUCGCAGCCCUCAUCUAAAGAGGCAGCUGAGUGAGUGAGUGAGUGAGAGAGAGAGACGGGGGGGGGAGAGAGAGAGAGAGAGAGAGAGAGAG